AUGGCCUUCUGGGACCUUAUCUGCUGCCGCCGGGCAGAUGCGCCCAAGGUGUCGCCUGAAGUCGAGUCCACAGACACUUUCCUUCUUGCAGAGGAAAAACCGAAAGACGAGAGCUCCUCGACCUCCGCAGCAUCAACAGAGGCCUCAUCCAGUGAGCUGAGACCAUUGCUGCGCUUUCAGAAAUGCGUGCGCAAGCUGAAGUUCAUCCGCCUGGCCGCCCUGAUGUCCAACUGCAACUCGCGGUCUGGAUCUUUCACCUCGGCGAAUGCAGUGGGAGCUUUGGAGACGAAUCUCGCCAUCGACGAUGAGUUUGAGGAGGUGAUGAAGCGCAUGGAACAAAAGAAGCGCGGCUCGGUCAUCCGCCCCGAGUAG